AUGAAUAUCUGGUUCAAAUAUAAGAAAGGAGAGCCGGUGGAAAUUUCUUUUAAGGGAAAAAACGUUAAUGCACUGAAGAAACAAAUUAAGACCGAACUAAAAAAUCAGCUAGGAAAAUUUGAUAUUAAUCAAAUAACAUUAAGAGCACCUGGAAAACAUGAGAACUUAUGUGCGGAAAUUUUGAUUGAUGAAGGGUUUGCAACGAGUUACAACGAACCUGUUGUUGUUGAAACUGAAAAUUAUCAGGAAAUGAAGACUUUUCGUAUCCAAUGUUAUGAUAAUGAAGGUGUGCCAUUAAAUAAAUUUGAACGAUUUACAAUGUGCGAUGAAGAUUUCAGUAAAUUUUUAAAGAGAGUGGAGGCGAGAGGAUUGGAAAACAUCGAUGAUAAUAAUGAAGAACCCGAAAUUAUCACGUCGCUUGAGGGUAUUCAAGCUAACAAAUAUUACCGGAUAAGUGCCUCGUAUCUUACGGCGGUAAAAAAUGGAGUUGCGUGGACAAAAGUCGAGGACACGGCAUUAGAGGAUGAAACGACAUUGGCUGUGAAAAACUUCGUCAGCGAAAAAUUAAAGUCCCCUGCCAAAAACUUUCCUAACCGAGUUAUGCAUGACGACGUAGGCAAUCCUAUAAUGGAGUGGGAUGGGAUUUUCUUAUGUCGUAGCAAAGUAUUCCUGUGUGAAUCAAAGCACAAAAUAACCAAGGAAAAGCUAGACAUGCUUGUUGAACGAUUAAAAGACUUCCCCGAAAAACUGAAAGUGACGAAAGAUGUCGAAUUCAAGCAAUUAUCAAAUAUGAAAUGUAUCGGAGUCGCUUGUGCCACUCUUUUUCCGAUAGAACUAAGACAAAAAUCUGUAAAUGAACUCGGAUUAAUCAUUGCAUAUCCAGGAGGUGGCCGUUACUGUGUAGAUUUACCCUCAAACGUGGAUGAAUGCCAGCACUGCCAAUUCCCUACGUACAUCGGAGUUGAUAAUAUUGUUCGUCAGUACCCUGCAAGCAUGCUGAGUGAGCAUUUAGAUUUCAUUAACGAUCUACGCAAAAGAUGUCCUAACUGUAUUUCAGCCGAUGAUAUGGAAACUGAUGAUUUGAC